CACCGAUCCACGGAAAGAGCCAAAGAUGUUGGCUCGGUCAUGUGAUCAGCUGUGUCCAAUCACAGCUGAUCAGUGAUCAUCAGGGCACUGAUGAUCAGUGUGCCCUGAUGAUCAGUGUAGCCCCAGAAGUGCCACCUGUCAGUGCUGAACAGUGCCAGAUGCCAGUGCCCAUCAGUGCACAUCAAUGCCACAUAUCAGUGCCUACCAGUGCACAUCAAUGCCACGUAUCAGUGCCCAUGUGAGCUGCCUUUCAGUGUCACCCAUCAGUGCCAGUCUGUGCCACCUAUCAAUGCCAAUCAGUGCCACCUAUCAGUGCUGCCAAUCAGUGCCGCCUAUCAGUGCCAGUCAGUGCCGCCUAUCAGUGCCGCCUAUCAGU